GGCAAGAGUUCGCGAGGACUUUUUUCACAGUAGAAUAAUUUCCUCACGCAACACAGAACAACAGGAAUAUACUAUUGCCGGUUUAUUUCAUACUCUUCAACCGAUCAUGGUUACUCCAAAAAUGGCAAGUCGACGACCAGCCAAAAGAAUCUUGAAACCGGUUAUAGAGAAGAAACGGAGAGACCGGAUUAACCAGCGUUUAGACGAGCUGCGAACGCUUCUCCUGGAUAACACUCUAGACUCGCGACUUCAAAACCCAAAACUGGAGAAGGCUGAAAUUCUGGAAUUAACCGUUGAAUACAUCAGGACAAAAGCGACGGCUGCGAGAGAUAGUCAAGGCGAUUCUAACAAAGACUCAGAUCCACAUGAUGCUCCGACUCAGCUCUCGAGGAGACACCAUGUGCAUUUUGCUUCAGUCCCCGAGCCCAUCAAUGCCCAGACACAGAUGCCUUCUAAUCCAAUCUACAAAGCUGGCUUUAAGGAGUGCAUCUCCCGCCUGGCAAGCUUCAUUGACUGUGUGGAGCCUUCUCAGCGAGACAGCUUUGUUCAAGGCCUGUGUCACCACCUUGACUCCUACAGCAACACUCUCCCCCAAAGCAGAGUUUCCAGCCAGCAUCAUCCAUGGAUCCCCAAUGCAGAGUUGACAUGCAGGUCGGACAUCCCCAUGAGAGCCAACACAGAGUCCUUUUCCUACACCAAUAGUUUGUAUCCCACAUCUUUUAUGCUCCACCACCCUCAUCCCACAGGACAGCCCAUGACACAUCCCUACCUUUCCCCUCCAUACUCUCUCUCUCCUCCACCCUCUCCUUGUUACUCAAGCAGCUCUCCUCCCUUCUCCAGCUCUCCCACAUACCUCUCUGUACCCUGCCAUUUCCCUUUCCCUCCCACCAUCUCGCCGCUCUCCAGUGACUCUUCUUCGUCCUCCUCGUCAUCAUCAUCCUCUCUCAGUCUCCCAACCCCUGCAGUGCCUGUAGUCCCAGGACCUCAUCUUCAGGUCUCCGUGGGAUCCCCCACUCCAGUGCGACCCACUGGCUCAGUUUCCUCCUGCCAACCCCGGACUCUGAGACGAGCUCUCUUCCACAACCAGCCACAGUCUGUGUGGAGGCCCUGGUGAGAAAACUCAAAAACACUUAAAGCUCAUCAGUUAAACACAGAGCUUCCCAUCAGAGUUCCCUUAAGACGCUGAGGAGGCUGGGCUUCACACGGAAAAGACUUCUUGUUAUCAUCAGGAAGCGAGUGUCCUAUGCACAGGUAGAAGUGAAGGUGAGCGAGAAACAUUAGGAGCUCUGUGAUAAUCUCUGUGUGAUGACUCGGCUGCUAUCAGUGUUCAUGUUCGUGUGUUCUGUGCUUCCCAUUCCCACUGUCACAUUCCUUCUUUGUUCUGCAUCUGAAAUUCUUUAUUGUAUACAAAUUGUGUAAAUAUAUUUAUUUUGUCCCUAUUGUACAUUGUAUAAAUUAAUUGUACUUUUUUCACUUAUUAAAUCUAUAUAAUUUUGUUAA